CGCGCAUGCGCACUGUUCAACAAAACCAAUAACACAGAUCGCGUGGUCAGUUUUGAGUAGCAAGUUCUAGAGAAGAGACAUCCGAACGCGGGGGAUACUCAACUUAUUCAGCGUGUCACACAAUCUCUGCAAGUUUUAAGAACCCUCCACCAACAAUGGCCAAGAAGAAGUCGCAGCCACAGCCUGUGGCCAAGACAAAAGACUGUUUCCAUGAAGUGUUUGGCUUUUCACUGGCAGACCUGUCUUCCCCGUCUGCUGUAGUCCGUCUGCUGUGUCGCCCAUCUGAUCCAGCCUGUCUCGGGGUUACUCGCUUCCUGUUUGGUCUGUUGAUGAUGUUCGACAUCCCCCAGGAGAGAGGUCUGGGGAUGGCGGAUGUACGCUGGGGUAAUGCAGACGAGUGUCGGUUCCCCCUCUUCAACUUCCUGCAGCCACUUCCCCUUGUGUGGAUGUACAUUGUGUACCUCAUCAUGCUUCUAGGUUCAGCAGGUAUCAUGCUGGGCUUCAUGUUUCGCUGGAGUUGUCUGUCCUUCCUCCUCACCUACUGGUACGUCUUCCUGCUGGACAAGACAUCCUGGAACAACCACUCCUACCUGUACGGUGUCCUGACCUUUGUUCUGCUGUUCUCUGAUGCCAACAGAUACUGGUCUCUGGAUGGCUUGUUAUUCCCGAAGAUCCGAAAUGCUCAUGUUCCACUGUGGAAUUACACUCUGCUGAGAACCUUGGUGUUCCUGGUGUACUUCAUCGCUGGCCUGAAGAAGCUGGACCUGGACUGGGUGCAUGGCUACUCAAUGCAGGAACUCUCCAAACACUGGGUGUUUGACCCCUUCAAGUUCCUGCUGACAGAAGACCAGAUAGACAUUUUUAUUGUGCACCUGGGAGGGCUGACCCUUGACAUGUUCGUCGGCUUCCUUCUGUUCUUCGACAAGACACGAGCCCUAGGAAUGUUCUUCUGUUCCGGCUUCCAUCUCAUGAACUCCCAGAUGUUCCAUAUUGGUAUGUUCUCAUGGAUGAUGCUUGCCACACAGCAAGUUUUCUGUUACGCUGACUGGCCGAGACGGAUGUUCAGGAAGGUGCCUCCAUCACUGAGAGUAGUCUCCCCUGAUGACGAAGACAUUCAAACCAGCAGCCACUGUCUCUACAACAAGGAAGAUGUCAAACCAGAGAGGGAGUCUGGUGUGGGUUCAAGGAAGUCGCCCUCGAGUGUGUUUGUGCUUGGAGCUGCCUCGCCAACCAGACCGUCCGUGUACCACAAGAUCUCCUCCAUCUUCACUGUCUGCAUCGUCUUCAGCCAGUUCUUCCUACCGUACUCCCACAGUCUCACCAAGGGCUACAACAACUGGACGAAUGGCCUGUAUGGCUACUCCUGGGACAUGAUGAUCCACUCGUGGUCCGUGCAGCACGUCCGCAUCACCUACAUCAACAAAGACACUGGGGAACAGGGCUACCUCAACCCUAAUGCAUUUUCUGGGUCUCGACGCUGGAGUUCUCAUGCAGACAUGUUGAAGCAGUACUCCCAGUGUAUCGCCAGUCACCUGCAGCGCUACAACAUCACCAACGUCGCCCUGCACUUCGACAUCUGGAAGUCCAUCAAUGACAGAUUUCAGCAGAGAAUGUUUGAUCCCCGGGAGGACAUACUGGCAGCCCACUGGAAUCCCUUCAAGUCCACGGCGUGGACGAUGCCGCUGUUGAUUGACCUGUCUGACUGGCGGGGGAAGCUGGCAGAGAUACAGUCAUCGCUACACAACUCCACCAACCACACCGAUGUUGUGUUUGUCGCAGACUUCCCAGGUCUGUUCCUGGAGAACUAUGUGCAGGAGGAUCUGGGGAACACGUCCAUCACGGUGCUGAAGGGCAGGGUUGUAGUGGAGUUGGUGGAAGACCGAGUCAACCAUACACUCCUGGAGGGGGAGACCAUGCAGGUUCCUCCUGGGGAGUUCCACAAUGUGUACACGGUCUCCACAACAUCCUCCUGCUACAUGUACAUCUACGUCAACACCACAGAGGUGGAGUUCCUGGAGAACCUCACCAAGUAUGAGAAGGCCAUCACCAGCACGGAGCACAAUGACUCGGACAGCCAGGCCAACAUGACACUGACCAGGUUCCAACAAGACCCCAUGCUGGACCAGUACAAGGAGGCCCUCGCAGCCAAGAAAGCAGAGGAAUCAAGGAAAAAGAGGUCAUCCAUAGACAGAAUAAAGCAGUUUCUGAUGAAAAAAUAUAAUCUUUUUAUGAGGAGUUUUAGAUUCACAUGGGGAGCAGUGAAAAGUAUUGUCACGAACAAAUCUUUUGAUGAAUUUCUUAAUGAAACAUAUGUUUGGGAGACGGAAAAUUUAAUCAAUGCUUCCGAGCUGGAUCUGUCACCAUGACAACAGGGCCCAAGUUUCCAUGAGCUGAUUGUGAUAACGUGUGAGAAUGUGUGGACAGAUGUCGUGUGGCUUUUGUCUGUGAACUCAUAACAGCUAUUUUAUUAAGACUGUCAUCAGAGGAGGGUCUGUCUCUGAAAUAAGCCUAGGAGGCCUCAUAUCAGGAAUUGCUGUUGAUAACAAAUGUGAGCUAAUGAUCUUCAAGAAACUGUAGCAAACACUCUUGCUGUGGUUGGCACAAGUUUACAUGGAACUUUGGAUCAGUUCUGUAAGAUCUUUGAUAGUUAUGACAAAAGGAUGUGUAUAAUAAGACUAAGGAAGGUAUUGGCUCCCUGGCACCAUCACAUCAGCUGAAAAAUAAGGAUUUGUUGAUAUAAAAUGGGAAGCAGCACAUUUCCUCUUGCUCGCCGAAACAAAGACAUCCCCCUGCAUCAAAGACGAGAACGGAGUGAGUUGUUUUACCUCAGUCUUCAAAACAAGAUAAAACAUGAACUACUGAGACUCGAGAAGUUGGGGAGAUUUUGGAAGAUGUUUCUUCUCCAUUACAAGACGUGCCAGAAUCAUAAUUCCAAGAUGGCUGCUCCAUAAAAGGGGGAGUGAAAUGCUCAAGCAUUGACACCAUUUACAUGUGAAAGUGGUCAUCUUGCAUCUUGCACUGUUUUAUCAGCAAAUCAAUGGUCAUUGAACAAUAUUACACUGUUUUAUCAGCCAAGCAAUGUUCAUUGAGGAAUCUUGCUCUCUGUAAUCAGCUAAUCAAUGGUCAUUGAACAAUAUUGCAUUUUUUUAUCAGCCAAUCAAUGGUCAUUGAACAAUAUUACACUGUUUUAUCAGCCAAUCAAACUUAUAAUCACCUUGUGCUGGUUGGAGAGCAUUUAAUCAAAGUUAUGACUUGACUGUUGAUAUGUAGAAGUUCCCAGACAAAGAAUGUGUUGUUUUUGAGUAAGAAUCACCAAAGUGAUUAUUUUUUCUUGAGAAAUAAAAUCUUAAGCACUUAGUGACCUAGGUGAUGAAAUCAUUUUUAAACCUGUACACGUCUUGUCUACCAUCUCCAUAUGUCAUUGCAGAAUGUUUACAUCAGUGUGAAGUGUCACAAAGAAGCUAAGAUGGAUUUAUCAUCCAAUUCGAAGAUAAGGGAAAAUGUGAGAUUUCUUUUAACAUUUUGUUAUUUUCUUGUUGGAGGACAUUGUAAUAUUUGUGUCUCCAAUUUUUACGAAUUUCCAAACAAGAUUCCAUACACUACAGUUUGAUUUUUGAAAGUCAUUCCAAGAGAGCUGUUUUGCUAUCUAUUGACCCUAAAAUGUUACUGUCCAAGGUUUGUUAUUUGUCAAUCCUUAUACUUUGUUGCAGACAACUUGGUGCCCUUUGUAUGAUGAAAGGUUUUCUUUUUCUUUGAAUUUGUUUGAAUUGGAUUGCUAAGGUGAUUACAAAUAGAAAAUUACUACAUAUCUUCGAACAAAUUUCUGUUUUUAAUAAUGGUCCGUUAAUUAUCCCAUGGAUUAAUCUUUUUGUUAAAUUAAUCUUUUCUAUCGGCAGUAUAAACAAAACCCUUUUUCUUUUCUGAAUUUUCAAGUUUGAAGGUAUUUGGAUCUGUAAUCUGUACACCAAGCAAAAAUAUAUGUAAGACCUUGUGUACACAAUCUAACAAAUACACCUUACAGUAACAUACCAAAUGAGAAAUCGGCCAAAGUAUAAUACACACGACUUCCAUUCUAAGACUCAUGUUGCUCAAAGUUUUAUCCUGAAUUAAAGAGUUUUUGAUAAUUGUUAAAUACAGUCUGUGUUGUUAAAUCAUUCAUUCCAAUAAGUACGAAAUAUUACAUUAAUUUGCUCAUUUUUAAAGAAAAUUGUAUACAUAGAAACUAAAUGUUUAGUUUUACGUUAUUGAAAUGUGCAUGAGUUUGUAUUUUGGUACCAGAGGAGAGGCACCUACAUUCAUCAUUAUGCACCAUAUGCAUACAUGGAAAGUUGGUAAAUUGCAAGAUUCUUUCCAGACGGCACUUUUGAGGCAACUUGUAUUGAGUAACCAGAAGGUAUGCAUAUGUUUCAUUUUGUAAGUGUGGUGUCCUGUACUAAGCCGAGGUGCUACACAACCACUAUAGCCAUGUAUACAUCGAUGUUCAUGUCAUGGUAAGCUGAAAUUGUCAUGUUCAAUAUUUUGUAUACAGCUGCAGGAAGGAUGAAAUAAAGGUUGUGAGAAUUGUU